AUGUCAACGCUGCGAUUGCUGGGCCUAACGUACAAUAAGCUGUCUGGAAGACAUGCAUCAUCCAUGGGUUAUGGAUUAAUCAAACUCAAAGGGCUUUCUCUCUAUGGGAAUGAGUUUGAUGGGGUAAUUCCAGCGUCAAUCUCAAAUGCAUCUAAGCUAACUACUUUAGAAUUAGCCGACCCUUCAACAAGAGAAUUGAGUUUCAUAAGUUACUUGCCAAAUUGUAAGCAUCUAAAAUUAUUGGGUUUUAAUGACAAUCCGCUGCACAGUUUCCUUCCAAUAUCAGUCGGAAAUCUUUCAACUUCCCUGGAGAAAUUCUAUGCGUAUGAUUGCGGAAUCAAGGGAACCAUUCCUGAUGCAAUUGGGAAUUUGAGCAAUCUAUUAAGUUUGCGUCUAUCUGGAAAUCAACUAACUGGAACUAUUCCUGUCGGAUUGAAAUACUUGCAAAAGCUUCAAGCUUUAGAUUUCUCUGGUAACCAAUUAAGUGGUCCGAUUCCAGGUUGUCUUUGCAAGUUAAACAGCUUGUACGAAGUAUAUCUGGAACGAAAUCGGUUUCAUGGCUCAAUACCAUCAUGCUUGAGCAAUGUUAGUUCGCUGAGAGGAAUUUUCUUUGACGGGAACUUCUUAAACUCAAGCAUACCUGCUAGCUUUUGGAACCUCACCGAUCUUUUGAAGUUGAAUCUGUCAUAUAAUUCCUUGAUUGGAUCACUACCUCAAGAAAUUGGAAAUUUGAAAGCGGUAAUACAAUUGGAUCUGUCAGCAAAUCAUCUUUGUUGCAGUAUUCCAAGUCCCAUUGGAGGUUUGCAAAGUUUAGAGAUCCUUUCUUUAGCCCAAAAUAAGUUUGAGGAACCUAUUCCAGAAUCACUCGGUCAUCUUUCAAGCUUGGAGGUGUUGGACCUAUCCAAAAAUAAUCUGUCAGGCCUGAUCCCAGAGUCCUUGGAGGCACUUUCAUAUCUGUAUCACAUUAAUCUUUCUUUCAACCACUUAAGAGGAGAAAUUCCCUCUAGCGGUCCUUUCAAGAACUUCACAUAUGAAUCAUUCAUAUUCGAUGAUGACUUGUGUGGUGCUCAAAGAUUUCAUGUUCCUCCGUGUAGUUCUCGAGAAAUUCCCUCUAGCGGUCCUUUCAAGAACUUCACAUAUGAAUCAUUCAUAUUCAAUGAUGACUUGUGUGGUGCUCAAAGAUUUCAUGUUCCUCCGUGUAGUUCUCCUUGGAUCCACAAAUCUGAGUCGAAAGAAAGUAUUUCACAUGUUAGGCAUUCUAUCAGGUUAAGCAUAAUGAUAGAUGUUGCUUCUGCAUUGGAAUAUCCCCAUUUUGGUUAUACAACACCAGUGGUUCACUGUGAUCUGAAACCUAGCAACAUAUUGCUCGACGAAAAUAUGGUUGCUUACGUAAGUGAUUUUGGUAUGGCAAAGUUUUUGGACGAAGGAAAUAGUGUUCUGCAUACCAGGACACUUGCAACGCUUGGAUACUUGGCACGAGGGUUGGCAUAUUUGACUUCUCUUUAA